ACACAGGACAUAAAACUGGAACUCAAACGCGGACUGAGGGGGGAAUUUGGGGACAGUCAUGGCGGGGCUUGGAGUGAAGAGGAGGAAAGCGGGGCUCCCUGGUUUUUGCUGGAAAACCUGCUACUUUCAUAUUUUAUUCUGGGUUGUCUCGGUCUGUGGUGAAGAGAAGACGUUCAUCGUUGAGACAUGGCUGAAGAACUAUGGCUACCUGCUCCCCCACGACAUCCGGACGUCGGACCUGCGGUCAGAGAAAGCCAUGCAGUCGGCAGUCGCUGCCAUGCAGCGAUUCUAUGGCAUCCCAGUGACUGGAAUCCUGGAUCAGACCACCAUAGAGUGGAUGAGGAAACCUCGAUGUGGCGUUCCUGACCACCCCCACAUCAGCCGGCGGAGGCGGAAUAAACGCUACGCCCUGACGGGACAGAAAUGGAGAGACAGAAAGAUCUCUUACAGCAUACACAACUUUACCCCUAAAGUGGGGGAGAAAGACACGCAGAGAGCCAUACGGCAGGCCUUUGACGUGUGGCAGACGGUGACCCCACUGACUUUCCAGGAGGUGGCCUACUCCGAGAUCAAGAACGAGGGGAAGGAGGCCGACAUCAUGAUCUUUUUCGCCUCUGGAUUCCAUGGUGAUAGCUCUCCCUUUGACGGAGAGGGGGGGUUCCUGGCCCACGCCUACUUCCCGGGCCCUGGGAUCGGAGGGGACACUCACUUUGAUUCGGACGAGCCCUGGACACUAGGCAACGCUAAUCAUGAUGGUAAUGACCUUUUCUUGGUGGCGGUACAUGAGCUUGGGCACGCCUUGGGACUGGAGCAUUCGAAUGACCCCAGUGCCAUAAUGGCUCCCUUCUACCAAUACAUGGAGACACACAACUUCAAACUACCCCUCGAUGACCUCCAGGGUAUCCAGAAAAUAUACGGUGUCCCUACAGCCAUGCUGGAGCCUACACGACCACUGCCCACCUUGCCCGCUCGCCGAACCCACCCCACCUCAGAGAGGAAACAUGACCGUCAGUCCCGCCCGCCACGUCCGCCCUCUGGUGACAGGCCCUAUUUCCCCAAUGGCAAACCCAACAUCUGUGAUGGCAACUUCAACACCGUGGCCUUCUUCAGACGCGAGAUGUUUGUCUUCAAGGACCGAUGGUUCUGGCGACUGCGGAACAACGAGGUGCAGGAGGGCUACCCGAUGCAGAUUGAGCAGUUCUGGAAAGGUCUACCGCCCCGUAUCGACGCCGCCUACGAGAGAUCGGACGGCAAAUUUGUAUUCUUUAAGGGUGACAAGUACUGGGUAUUCAAAGAGGUGACUGCUGAGCCCGGGUACCCCCAGAGUCUGGUGGAGCUGGGUAACUGUCUCCCUAAGGACGGCAUUGACACAGCACUGCGCUGGGAGCCCGUGGGCAAAACCUACUUCUUCAAAGGGGACCAGUACUGGCGCUAUAACGAGGAGAAACGCAUGGCCGACCCGGGCUACCCCAAACACAUCACUGUGUGGAAGGGCAUCCCCGAGGCGCCGCAGGGAGCCUUCGUCAGCAGGGAGGGCUUUUAUACCUAUUUCUACAAAGGGAAGGACUACUGGAAGUUUGACAACCAGAAGCUGACCGUUGAGCCCGGCUACCCCAAGUCUAUUGUCAAUGACUGGAUGGGCUGCCACCAAUCAGACAUGGAGAAGAACAAAGAUCGGCAGCUUCCCCACGAUGACGUGGACAUCAUGGUGACCAUCAAUGACGUGCACAGCACUGUCAACGCCAUCGCUGUGGUGAUUCCCUGCAUCCUGUCCCUGUGCAUCCUGGUCCUGGUCUAUACCAUCUUCCAGUUCAAAAACAAAGGGGUGCAACAGAACGCCACCUACUACAAACAUCCUGUCCAGGAGUGGGUAUGACAGGCUUAGGCAGCGCGCCGCCACUUACGAUACGAAACUGCGCUGAGAGGGCUACAAAAACUCUGAGCACCAUGUGACCAGUGCCUGUCUUGCACAAACCCUUUGCGAGAAGGGAAGGAGGGGAAUUAAGUUACUCCCUUUCAUCCACUGUCAAGGACCUCUAGAUGAACAUCGCCAAAAUUGAGUAUGUUGAAUAUUAGCAUGAGGCAAUUCAUAGGACGCUGGGAGGCUUUGAGGGUAAGGACAGAGCACAGCAAAUCCGAUUGCUCUGCCUUUUGCACCUCGUCUAUCUGUUGUCCAUUCUUAUCUGGCUGUUUCAGUGGGGGUUGUCACACAUACUUUACCUCGAUGGGACUCCCAUACACUUUUUCUCAGGGGGAGAGAGAGGGGGAGCCUACCCUCACAUAGCCAGGUACCAGUAAUCUGUCUGAGUCCAGUAUCAACUUGUACAUGAACUUCAAGUAUUAUCAAGUCAAACAAGAUAUUUAAAGAAAAAAUGUAAACUUGAACAAAAAAUGUAGUAGAAAGGCCAUAGAAAAGAAUACCAAGGAUUUUUGUGGAUCAUUUAAUAUUUUCAGUUCGAGAGCUUGGAGUUAUCAAGAGGAGAAACUUUGUACAUCGCAAAUGAUAAAUGUCUUCAUAGCCAGACCUCUGCCUCUAGCGAUGGACUCACCUAAGCUAGAGGACUGAGACUAUAAGUAUGUGUGCUGAAGGACCGCCGCUAUAGCAACAUCCCCCAGCACAGACUCCCUGCUCCUCUGCCUGGACCAAGGGGCGUAGGGGAGAGUGAAUUAGCAUUUAAAGACAUUGGUCACAGUUAUCCUUCUUAGAAUUAUACUUAGUUUUAUUUAUCUUUUACAUGCCCCAAGGUGUAGAGGAGUACCUAUGGCCGUUUCCAUAGGCUAAGCACGUCAGACCAACAUUGACUAGGCACAAUGAACUGCUGUUGAGGCAGACUGAAUUCCACUCCAUACCCCUCUUCAUUCCUCCUUAUUUCUCUCACUUUCUCUCUUCCUCCAACUGUGUCGCUCUCUCUUUAUAUACAGUGCCCUCCGUAAUGAUUGGGAAAAUGAAGCAUUUUUUCUUCUUUUGUCUCCUCUAUACUCAAAGUUUGGAUUUGAAAUCAAACCAUGACUGAGGUUAAACUGCAGACUGACAACUUUAAUUUGAGGGUGUUUUCAAUCAUAUCGGGUGAACGGUUAAGUACUUACAGCACUUUGUGUACGUAUUCCUCCCAUUUUAGGGCACCAAAAGUAUUGGGACAAAUUCAUGUGUAUUAAAGUAGUAAAAGGUUAAGUAUUUGGUCCCAUAUUCAUUA